CACGGUCACACUUUCGCCAAGCAAGCCGGUGGUUGCGCGCUCCCGCUUAAAUAAAUUCAAUAAACGAGUUAUUGAUUUAAAAAAGUGCUGCUGAUCAAACAUGGUGAAUAAUUCUCUAUGGUUGAAACAACUUUGCUACCCCAAACGUCAGUUUACCAACUCGACACUUCUCAACUCCUAUUCAACAUAACAAGAAACUUAAUUUAAAUAAUUAUUAACAACCAACACAACAACACUAUAUCCACUCAACAACAUCAACGAUCGUCGUUUAGUCUCAAAACGUAAACACAACAAUUGCUUAAGGAGUUAUCCAGGAGUUAAACGUAUUUAAGUGGAGUUAAUGUUGAGUGAAUACCUGUGAAUUCCUUCCAACAUUGAGCAUCAAAUUCCAUCGACAGCAGGGAUUUGUUAGCCAAGGAGGAGGAUUUUAAUUUGGAAAAUUGUUCGUUCGUUUAGUUUUGGUGUUUUGUCCAUCCCAGGGUUAUUUGUAAGAUUUUAUUUAUUUAUUGCUUGAUUUAAGGCAAAGCUGAUCGUCAGCUUUAAAGAGAGAGAGGCUCCAAACGGAAGGGUUCAAUCAAAGAGAUAACAUUUCAGGGUAAUUAGUCACCUAAGUAACACACACACCUUCGCAGUUCCAAGCGGCGAGUUGUUCCCCGAUUUUCAUUAUGAAAAUAACGACAAUGAAGUUUAAGCGCAAAUAUGGCUGUUUAGAGAAUAUUUGAAAAGAAUUUCUCACUUAUUAACCAAUUUGGAUUUUUGUUUCGACCCUCAUUUGUUACGUAGUCUUGUAUUUUAUAAGUUCUCAACGAUUCUUUUGCACAAUUCAAGUCAUCCACCAAGUUAAACCCGCACCACCCACAAACCCACACAGUUUUGAGUUCAGUUUUUUGAGGAGCGAGCAGUGUAAUCAGUAUUUAGUUAGAGUUGAGGGAGUUAAGUGGCUUGCACCGAAGAGUUUUGAGAUACAUCUAACACCGAACCACAUCGUCGGCAACAUGGAGAGCUUUUCGCCGGAAGUACUUUGGAUGGUGAUCAUCGGAUUCCUGAUCGCCUUUGUUCUGGCCUUUGGCAUCGGUGCGAACGACGUGGCCAACUCCUUUGGCACCAGCGUCGGCUCCGGAGUUUUGACCAUCAGGCAGGCGUGUAUUUUGGCCACGAUCUGCGAAAUAUCGGGUGCCGUUUUGAUUGGCUACAAAGUGUCGGACACCAUGCGCAAGGGAAUCCUGGAGGUCGGGUUGUACGAGGGCUCCGAGGAGGUGCUGAUGCUGGGCUGCGUGUCUGCGCUGGCCAGCAGUGCCGUGUGGCUGCUGGUGGCCACUUUCUUGAAGCUGCCCAUCUCGGGAACGCACAGCAUCGUGGGCUCCACCAUUGGAUUUUCGCUGGUGGCACGCGGCGUUCAGGGGCUCAAGUGGUCCACGCUGGGCACCAUCGUGGGAUCGUGGUUCAUCUCGCCGGUGCUGAGCGGCGUGGUGAGCAUCCUGCUCUUCUUGGCCAUUCGUCGCUUCAUCCUGCGCGCCCAGGAGCCGCUCAAGGCGGGAUUCCGAUCGCUGCCCAUCUUCUACGGCGUGACGUUCUUCAUCAACGUGAUCAGCGUGGUGCUGGACGGACCCAAGCUGCUCUACAUGGACAACAUCCCCACGUGGAUAGCCCUGACUGCCAGCCUGGGUCUGUCCCUGCUGGUGGCCCUGCUCACGCAGUUGGUAGUGGUUCCUCUGCAGCGGCGUAAGAUUGCCAAGCGACUGCGCGCCGAGAAUCCGGUCAAGUUCAACUUCGAGGACUCUGUGGAAUCCUCACCGUCGGGCAGCCCCAAGAAGCAGCGUCGUCCGCUCUCGCUGGUCAGCGAAGGAAAGCCAUUGCCCGCGAUCGCGGAAAUCACCGAGCUGGUCUCGCUGAGCGACAACUCGCCCAGGACCUUCAAGCUGGCGCCCUUCGGGAUGGCGGCGAAGAACAACAAUGCACCCGGCGAGGAGUACAAGAUCGAUCCGCAGCUGAUCAAGAAGGCCGAGGACCUGCUGGGCAAGGCGAGUCUGGACAACACCGAUCUGACGAUCACCAGCCUGAAUUUCAUCGACGAGCAGCAGCAGCAGCAACAACAACAGCAGCAAAACGGACGCAAGUUGCAGGAGUGCUUCAAACGGAUGCAGUCGCCCAAGGAAGAGCAAAAGCACAAAGCGCCUGCCAUUGGAACGGAUUUGGGAGCCGGAGCCACCAAGGCCACGAACAACAACCUGCAAGUGGUGGAGAGUGGCGGCAGCCUUGAUCUGAUGAUCAGUUCCACACUAUCGCCCAACUCCAGCAAGGUGCCGCUGAUCGAGAGCAAGGAGGCGCUGAACGAACAGGAGGACGAGCUGAAGCGGUCGGCGGAUGGAGGACGAAGAACCAGCGGCCCCGAGGAAACGCAGGAGAUAUCCAUGCUCUUCUCGUUCCUGCAGAUCCUGACGGCCACCUUCGGUAGCUUUGCGCACGGCGGCAAUGAUGUGAGCAACGCCAUCGGCCCACUGAUCGCCCUUUACAUGAUCUACCGCGAGGGAUCGGUCAUGCAGCGGGCGGAGAGUCCCAUCUACAUUCUGAUCUACGGCGGCAUCGGCAUCUCCGUGGGUCUCUGGCUGUGGGGACGGCGCGUCAUCGAGACCAUUGGCAAUGACCUCACCAAAAUUACCUCAUCGACUGGCUUCACCAUCGAAGUUGGAGCCGCCAUCACCGUACUGCUGGCCAGCAAAAUUGGCUUGCCCAUUUCCACCACUCACUGCAAGGUCGGUUCGGUGGUUUUCGUGGGACAUGUCAGUGCAGCGGGACGCAAGAAGAGCGAGCCGAAGAACCAGGAACACCAGGCGGAGGUCGACAAGGAUGCCCACAAUAAUGUGGCGUCGGCGGAGGACGGCAGUGUCGAUUGGCACCUCUUCCGGAACAUUGCCUACGCCUGGAUUGUGACCGUUCCGGUUACGGCUCUGCUCAGCGCCGGAAUGAUGUACGUGCUGUGUGCCAUUGCCGUGGACGAUGUGGGCGGAGCCUAGAAGUUCGGGCCAGAGAUUGCCAUUCAAUUAUUAAUUGUAAUUGCUAAACCCAAAUAAUGUUUCGUAAUUGUACAUGUUGGAAAACACAAAACUUAAUAUUAAACACGCAAAAGGAGGAAACUCAAGAAAAACAGUGAGAAAAUCUUAACUAAAUUACUCGCCUAACUAAAGCAUUGUACUUAGCUCAUAGAACGUCUCUGAGUCUAACUGAUAUUAAUAUUAUUUAAUAUGUGUACGCCCAAGAAUGUCGUGAUUUGAUUUUGAUAUUUAUACACCUUGAUUUGUGUUUUUGAACUCCGAAUUUAACUUAAUUCAAAUAUGUAUUUGAAAACCACUUAAAUUAUUUUCCACAACUCAAUAGAGCAGAGCAAACCACUUGAAUAAAAUACAAACUAUUUACAACAGAAAAUGUUUAUACGAUAUGGUCUUGAGGCCAUUGUUUAUUCGAUGCUUUUCGGUUUUCGAUUUAUAAUUUCGAGCUUACUUUCUGUUCAAUACAGUACAAUUGGUUAAAAGUUUGGUUUAAUAUUAAUCGAAUACCUAAAUUAUGAGGCUCUCCAGUCCGUUUUAAAUUUACAUUCCAUUGAGAGCCAGUUCGAAUAGUAUUUCGCUAUGUAGUUAUACGAAGAAUAAAUACAAGUUAUGACACACAA